UUCUCUCUCUCUGUGUGCGCGCGUGCACUCAUCCUGUCCAGCUCUUAUCAAUUAUCCUAACGACCUCCGCUCCGCUCGGCUAAUUCAUAUACAUACAUAUAUCCUUCCUAGCUCGGCCGCGUUGCGUUGCACAGAGCGCGUAUUAUUUGUGUGUGAGCGUUAGUUCACCGACGAGCUAGCUAGCAGUCAGACACCUGACCAAGCUAGCUCAGGCAGGCAGGCAGGCCGCCCGGGCAAGCGUGCGUGAUGGGGGAGGCUAGGCGCCACCGUGUGCCGGCGGCGGUGCUGGUGGCGGUGGUGAUCGCGGCCGGGCGCUGCGGCGCGCAGGUGCCGAUCCCGGCGAGGACGGACGGGUUCGUGUACGGGGGGCAUGCGGCGGCGCCGGCGUGGGGCGAGGCGGUGGUCGUCGAGGCCUUCUUCGACCCCGUCUGCCCCGACAGCCGCGACGCCUGGCCGCCGCUGCAGAGGGCCGCCGACCACUUCGGCGCCCGCCGCGUCGCCGUCGUCGUCCACCUCUUCCCGCUCCCUUACCACAGCAGCGCCUUCAUUGCUUGCCGUUCGAUCCACACGGUCCACAAGCUAAAUGCUUCAGCUGUGUAUCCCCUGCUUGAGAAAUUCUUCAAAUACCAGGAGGGUUAUUACAACACACCGACAUACACCAAAACAAGAGCGGCGGUGGUCGCUGAAAUAGCGAACAACCUUGUCGCCCCCGUCAUCGGCGAGGCCAAUUUGGCAGCAUACAAAGCCGGCUUCAACGACUCGCAGUCGGAUCAGGCCACAAGGAUUUCCUUCAAGUUUGGUUGUGCACGAGGCGUCACCGGGACACCCUACUACUUUGUUAAUGGCAUACCACUCAGUGACUCUGGUUCUCCUAUGGACUACGGCAAAUGGAUUUCCACGCUUGAUCCGUUGGUUGGCAAGAUGUAGGGAGCUAUCUCGCUGCUGCUAAAUAACUCCAAAUUAUAAUCAAUAUUAGCUAAAUAAGUGGAGGGCAUAAAUAGCUUGAUUUUGCCAUGAUGUUGAUGGAAGUAUGUGUUGAUUAUCACAAUAAUGUCCUUCUCAUGUCGACGGUCCGGUCCGCCAACGAAUGUGCCUAUAUUUGUAUCCCACUAUGACAGAGAAGCCAGAGUUGCAUGCGGUGGGGCCCCUGCGACAUCGAUGACUCCAAUAGGAUGGUUUGAGCGGGAUGUGCUCUCCGGAGUUUGCGAUGGGUUAGGUUGGUGCAAGGCGUGCAACUGUCUUGUGUGAAGCGUAAAAGCAAAAUCAAAGGUGCCAGCCGCUGACGUCUGUGGUCAAUUGUUUGGCUAUGACUGACUAGGUCGUUGUGUGUCGUUCGGGUUUUGAAGGGUCGUCGUCUGCGGCGAAGUCAGAGUCCUUUGCUCGGGGAGAGGUGAUAACAAUGACAAUCCAAGCAGCUUCGACAAUGUCCUCUUUUCGAUGAUGUGUGUGGUCUUGUUGGUGACAGGUCGGCCGGGUGCCCUUUCUUGUGUGCGCAUUGUAACGGUUUUCGUCCGAAUUUUCUUAAUUAACCGGACAACUUUAUUCAGUACUACCUCCGUUCCUAAAUAUAAGUCUUUUAAGAUA